GGGUUGGGAAGGGCUGUCCUGUCCCGUCCUGGCGGGAAGGCCCGGAGGGCGGGGCCGCCGUCGCCCCCCGCCAUCGGCCGCCGUGUCCCCGCCGCGGGGAUGUGCCCUCCGCUUGUCCCCCCGCCUCACGUGUGUGCGCGGUAGUAAAAUACUUGCCAUCCCGCCGCCCCCCGUGAGGGGCUGUGCUGGUUUACAAACAUCUCCCACUACCCUUGAGGCGCUGUCUCCCACUGCGUUUAUUCUUACGAACGGCUCCCGUUUCGCUGCGUAAAUGAAAGUAAGUUGAAUACGUUGGUGCAGAAACUUCAUGACUUCUUGGCUCACUCAUCAGAAGAAUCUGAGGACGCAAACUCUCCUCCAUUAUCUAAAAGCAAAACCAUAGGUAAAAGCAGAGAACCUAAGAGUAGUCCAUCUUCAAUGGAGAACAGUAGAGAAGAGGGCAGUAGUUCUUCAGAAAGAACCAAAUCCUUAGGAUCAUCACGUUCAAAAAGGAAACCUACAGUUGUAACAAAGUAUGUUGGGUCAGAUGACGAACAAAACUUAGAUGAAACCCUAAAUGAAGAUGUUUCAAAUGAAAACUCAGAAAAUGAUGUUGAUAUGAAGAGCUUGCCUAAAGGUACAGUGGUUGUACAGCCUGAGCCAGUGCUGAAUGAAGACAAAGAUGAUUUUAAAGGGCCUGAAUUUAGAAGCAGAAAUACCGUUAAAAUGAAACCCGAAGCUCCCAAAAAGCGUGGAGAGGAAGGACUACAUGGAAUUGUAAGCUGUACAGCUUGUGGGCAACAAGUGAACCAUUUUCAAAAGGAUUCAAUCUAUAGACAUCCUACACUGAAGGUUCUUAUUUGUAAGACUUGCUAUAAGUAUUAUAUGAGUGAUGACAUCAGCCGUGAUUCAGAUGGAAUGGAUGAGCAGUGUAGGUGGUGUGCUGAAGGUGGAAAUUUGAUCUGCUGUGACUUUUGCCAUAACGCCUUCUGUAAAAAGUGCAUUUUGCGCAACCUGGGUCGAAAGGAGCUGUCGACUAUACUGGAUGAAAAUAAUGAGUGGCACUGUUACAUUUGCCAUCCAGAGCCUUUGUUGGACUUAGUCACUGCAUGUGACAGUGUCUUUGAAAAUUUAGAACAGUUACUGCAACAAAACAAAAAAAAGAUGAGAGUCGAAAGUGAAAAAAGUAAAAUAUAUGACCACACAGUCAAAUUUUCUCCAAAGAGAAAUAAUUCAAAUUGUAAUGGUGAAGAAAAAAAACUAGAUGAUUCGUAUUCAGGUUCAAUAACGUAUUCUUAUAAAGCACUAAUGGUGCCAAAAGACUUGCUUAAGAAAACAAAAAAGCUGGUUGAAACUACAGCAAACCUGAAUUCUCGUUUCGUAAGCUUUUUGAAAAAGGCUGCAGAAAAUGUAGAAAUAAGCCCAACUGUGCAACUGUAUCAGCUAAAAGCUUUUAAAUCUGUGUUGAAUGACAUGAAAAAAGCUCAUCUGGCACUAGAAGAAGGUCUGAACUUGGAGUUUCAAGCUUUGAAUGUUAAAAUCAAAGAUAAAAAUACCAAAGAGAAAAAAACUGAUGGUAGGUCAGAAAAAAACGAGGUGAAAAAUGAUGAAGGGAAGGAACAUGUGGCAUUAAAAGAGGAUGACACCACAAAGGCAGAGAAGAAAGUUCCAUCAGAACGACCUGACAGUGAGCCCAUGGAUCAAAGUGUUCCAGCAGUGGAACAAACAGAUAACAAGUGUGCGUCUGGGGAAGAGAAAAGGUCUGGUAGAAGUGAAGAACCUCAGUAUGAACCUAAUAGUACAGAGGCUUUAGACAUGGAUAUAGUGUCCAUUCCCUCAUCUGUUCCUGAAGAUAUUUUUGAAACUCUAGAAUCUGCUAUGGAGGUUCAGAUAGCAUCAGAUGAGCAAGACAGUGGAAAUGCAGGAACAGAUCGUGAGAAUCCAAAUUCAAAUAUGAAAUUGAACACGCCUGUGAAAGAUACCAAAGGUGGUUCUAAGUUAAAAUCAUCAGCUAAAGGAACAAAAGAAUUGGUUGUAAAAUUGACUCCUGUUUCCCUUUCAGAGUCUACAGCUAAAGCUGAAGAUCAGGACGGCAGUCCAGAAAAGGAAAGUAAGGAUGUUGAUGUAGUACCAAAAGCAGAAAACUGUGAUUCUGCAAAACAAAAUCAUAAUGCUAGCAGUGAACCUUCCACGGAGAAUGAAACUGUCUCAUUUGCAGAGGAAUCUGAUCUCAGGAGGUCCCCACGUGUGAAGACUACACCUCUGAGACGCCAAACAGACGUCAGUCCUUUCACAUCAAAUUCAGAAGAAGACAGCAAUGACACAUCCAAUGAAAAACGCAAGAGAAAAUCAUCCAAACAGCCCCGGGGGAAAAAUGACAAAAGAAAUUCUUCUGACAGUGCUGCUGAUGGUCCUAGCCCUAAUAAACUUUCUAAAUCCAAAAAGCCAUACGUAUCAGAGCAUAGCUCAGAUUCUGACGAGAUGCCAGCUGUUCUUAAGGAAGUAGCUAUGAUGAGCCACAGUUCUUCAGAUGUUGACAGCAAUAGUGAAGCACCAACAAAUGAUCAGAAGGCUUCAGGUUUGCUAAAGAACCAACCAGUAAAGGAUGAAAAUGGAAAACGAAAAAGGAAAAGUUCCAGUUCUGGUUCAGACCUAGAUGCUAAAAGAGGUAAAUCGGCAAAAAACUCAGCUGCUGCUAAAAAGAAACGACAAAACUAUUCGGAUUCUUCAAACUAUGAUUCUGAGCUAGAAAAAGAAAUAAAAAUUCUGAGUAAAAUCGAGUCUGCAAAAAAAGCGAAGAAAAAAUACACGCGAAAAGAUGAUAGUUAUGAUUCCUCUGAAGAAGAGCAGAGGAAAAAAGUUAGUAAGAGAAAGGUAAAUUUGAAGAAACAGAGAGCAAAAUCUUCUGAAGAUGAUGAGGCCGAAAAGUCUUCCCCAGAGAAAGAGGUUAAUGAUUCUUCUAAGGAGAAAAAAACUGGUAAAGGGUCAUCUGCCAAGGAAAGGGCAAACAGGGACUUAAAACAAAAAAAUGUAAAGGUGAAGCGUGAUGACUCCUCUGAUGUUGAGAAGUCUUCACUGGAGAAAGAGGAGAGUUGUCCUAGAGGUGGAAAGCUAACUGAAGCUAAGAAGAGCAAGGAUUUGAAAAAGAAAAAGGCACAUGAAGAUUCUUCCUCAGAGAGUACUGACAAAUCUGCAAAGAAAGAGCACAAUUCUGACUCUUCAAAGGAGAGAUUGAAGAAUAAGAAAGGAUCGGGAUCCAAAGCAAAGAAAUCUGAAAAACUGAAAAAGAAAAGUUACAAGAAAGAAGAUGAUUCCUCUUCUGAUGUUGAGAAGUCAUCUCCAGAGAAAGGAAGCUGCAAUUCUUCUGAAAAUGACAAAACUAAAAAUGAACCUGCGCUUAAGGAAAAGACAAGGAGGAAUUUAAGAGAGAGAGUGACUAAAACAAUACAACUUGAUUUAUCCUCUGAUGCUGAGAAAUCUCCUCUGAAAGAGGAGAGUUCUUCUGAAGAUGCUGUGCGGAGUAAAAAACAAACUGAAUCUAAAGAAAAGAAAAAACUAAGUCACAAGAAAAAAAUGUCCAAGAAAGAACAGAAUGACUCACUGUCCUCCUCUGAUGAGGAGUCUUAUGAGGACAGUAAGAAAAAGGUAAAAAGAGGGUCAAUGAAGGAAAAUAAAAAGAAUAACUUAAAAAAGAAAGUGUCAAAAAAGAAGGUGGUUGUUACUUCAUCUUCCUCAUCUGAUAAAGAAGAAAAUGAUGAACAGAAUUCAAUGGGUGAUGGAAGCAGUGAUGAGCAGAAAAUUAUGCCAGUGACUGAAAACUUGGUGCUGUCUGCUGGUACAGGAUUUUGUCAGUCAUCAGGAGAUGAGGGAGAGGCUAAAUCAAGGACUGUUCCAAUGGAGGAGGAGGAAGAUGAUGAUGAUGACGAUCCUGAGAAUAGAAUUGCCAAGAAAAUGCUUUUAGAAGAAAUCAAAGCCAAUCUUUCCUCUGAUGAGGAUGCAUCUUCAGAUGAGGAAUCGGAUGAAAGAAAAAAGAAAACUGGAAAGCAUACUGAAAACACAGGAGAUGAUGAUGAAGAGAAUGAAAAGGAAGAUAAUUCUGAAUCAGAUUCAGAAGCAGAAGAAUCAAAGAAGCCAAGAUACAGACACAGACUGCUGAGGCACAAGCUGACAGUGAGUGAUGGAGAAUCUGGUGAAGAAAAAAAGGUGAAACCAAAAGACAAAAAAGAAGGGAAGCGCAGAAAUAGGAGGAAAGUGAGCAGUGGAGAUUCAAAUGACUCAGAGUUUCAUGAAUCUGCAGUUAGUGAAGAAGUCAGCGAGUCUGAAGAUGAGCAGCGUCCAAGAACAAGAUCUGCCAAGAAAGCUGAGGCUGAAGAAAACCAACGCAGUUACAAGCAGAAAAAGAAACGAAGGCGAAUUAAGGUCCAAGAGGAUUCUUCAAGUGAAAACAACAAUAAGAGUAAUUCUGAGGAUGAGGAAAAUGAUGAUUCAAAAUCUCCUGGAAAAGGCAGGAAGAAAAUCAGGAAAAUUAUUAAAGAUGAUAAGCUUAGAACAGAAACACAAAAUGCACUUAAAGAAGAAGAGGAAAGAAGAAAACGUAUUGCAGAAAGAGAACGGGAGAGAGAGAAAUUGAGAGAGGUGAUAGAGAUAGAAGAUGCUUCUCCUCUAAAAUGUCCCAUUACCACUAAGUUGGUUUUAGAUGAAGAUGAAGAAACCAAAGAACCAUUAGUGCAGGUUCAUAGGAGUAUAGUUACCAGACUGAAACCACACCAAGUAGAUGGUGUUCAGUUCAUGUGGGAUUGCUGUUGUGAAUCUGUAAAAAAAACAAAGUCAUCUCCUGGUUCUGGAUGCAUUCUUGCUCACUGUAUGGGUCUGGGGAAAACGUUGCAGGUAGUAAGUUUUCUUCACACAGUCCUGCUCUGUGACAAGUUGGAUUUUCGGACAGCUCUGGUAGUGUGUCCACUGAACACUGCUCUGAACUGGCUGAAUGAGUUCGAAAAAUGGCAAGAAGGUUUAGAAGAUGAUGAAAGACUAGAGGUCUGUGAACUGGCAACUGUGAAACGUCCUCAGGAGAGAAGCUACAUGCUGCAGCGCUGGCAGGAUGAGGGGGGGGUGAUGAUCAUUGGGUACGAAAUGUACCGGAACCUUGCACAGGGCAGGAAUGUGAAGAGCAGGAAACUUAAAGAAAUCUUUAAUAAAGCUUUAGUGGAUCCAGGUCCAGACUUUGUUGUUUGUGAUGAAGGGCACAUACUGAAAAAUGAAGCAUCUGCUGUUUCUAAGGCAAUGAAUUCUAUUCGAUCGAGGAGAAGAAUAAUUCUCACAGGAACACCACUGCAGAAUAAUCUUAUAGAAUAUCACUGCAUGGUUAACUUUAUUAAGGAGAAUUUGCUUGGCUCAAUUAAGGAAUUCCGAAAUCGAUUUAUAAACCCAAUCCAGAAUGGUCAGUGUGCUGACUCCACUCUGGUGGAUGUCAGGGUGAUGAAGAAGCGUGCACAUAUUCUCUAUGAGAUGUUAGCUGGAUGUGUUCAGAGGAAAGAUUACACAGCGUUAACAAAGUUCCUCCCACCAAAAUAUGAGUAUGUUCUGGAAGUUAGAAUGACACCUAUCCAGUGCAAACUCUACCAGUACUACUUGGAUCAUUUGACAGGUGUAGGUGGUGGCAAUGAAGGUGGAAGAGGCAAAGCUGGAGCUAAACUAUUCCAGGAUUUCCAGAUGUUGAGCAGAAUCUGGACUCACCCUUGGUGUUUGCAGCUGGACUAUAUUAGCAAAGAAAAUAAGGGCUAUUUUGAUGAAGACAGCAUGGAUGAGUUCAUAGCUUCAGAUUCCGAUGAAACUUCAAUGAGCUUAAGUUCUGAUGAUUAUUCAAAGAAAAAAAAAUCCAAGGGCAAAAAAGUGAAAAAAGAGUGUAGCUCAAGUGGAAGUGGCAGUGAUAAUGAUGUUGAAGUCAUUAAAGUCUGGAAUUCAAGAUCUCGUGGAGGUGGAGAAGGAAAUGCAGAAGAACUUGGAAACAACCCUUCAUCUGUUAAUAAAUCAGAUGAGGGCAAAGCUACAUCCUCUUCCAAUCCUGGUAGCCCAGCACCAGAUUGGUACAAAGAUUUUGUCACUGAUGCAGAUGCUGAAGUGUUGGAACAUUCUGGGAAAAUGGUGCUUCUCUUUGAAAUUCUUCGAAUGGCAGAGGAGCUUGGAGACAAAGUCCUAGUGUUUAGCCAGUCCCUGAUAUCCCUGGAUUUAAUAGAAGAUUUUCUGGAGCUGGCCAACAGGGAGAAAACUGACAAAGAGAAGCCUCCUAUUUAUAAAGGUGAAGGGAAAUGGUUCCGAAACAUUGAUUACUAUCGCUUGGAUGGAUCAACCACAGCUCAGUCCAGGAAGAAAUGGGCUGAAGAAUUCAAUGAUGAAACUAAUGUGAGAGGUCGCUUGUUUAUUAUAUCCACUAAAGCAGGUUCCCUUGGAAUUAAUCUUGUGGCUGCUAACAGAGUGAUCAUCUUUGAUGCUUCUUGGAACCCCUCAUAUGACAUCCAGAGUAUUUUCAGGGUUUAUCGUUUUGGGCAGAACAAACCUGUGUUUGUGUACAGGUUUUUGGCUCAGGGAACAAUGGAAGAUAAGAUCUAUGACCGCCAGGUGACCAAGCAGUCCCUGUCUUUCCGGGUGGUCGACCAGCAGCAAGUUGAACGUCACUUUACCAUGAAUGAGCUUACAGAGCUCUACACUUUUGAGCCAGAUUUGCUGGAUGAUCCUAAUUCAGAAAAGAAAAAGAAGAGAGAUACACCCAUGUUGCCCAAAGAUACAAUUCUGGCAGAAUUGCUUCAAAUCAAUAAAGAGUAUAUAGUUGGGUACCACGAACAUGAUUCACUCCUGGACCACAAGGAGGAAGAGGAACUCACUGAAGAGGAAAGGAAAGCAGCAUGGGCAGAAUAUGAAGCAGAAAAGAAGGGCUUGACCAUGCGUUUCAACAUGCCAGCUGGGACCAAUAUGCUUCCCACAAACUUCACCUCCCAGACACCAUACAUCCCCUUCAACCUGGGGGCUCUGUCAGCAAUGAGUAACCAGCAGCUGGAGGACCUUAUUAAUCAAGGAAGAGAGAAGGUUGUGGAAGCAACCAACAGUGUGAAUGCAGCAAGAAUUCAACCCCUUGAAGACAUCAUUUCAACCAUAUGGAAAGAAAAUUUAACGCUCACAGAGAGCCAAGUGCAGGCCCUGGCACUGAGCAGGCAGGCAAGCCAGGAGCUGGAUGUCAAGCGCCGAGAAGCCAUCUACAACGAUGUCCUUACUAAACAACAGAUGUUAAUCAGUUGUGUGCAGAGGAUCCUCAUGAACAGGAGACUACAGCAGCAGUACAAUCAGCAGCAGCAGCAGCAGAUGUCUUACCAGCAAGCAGCAAUGAGUCAUCUCAUGAUGCCAAAGCCUCCCAGUUUAAUCAUGAAUCCUUCCAACUACCAACAGUUAGAUAUGAGAGGAAUGUAUGGGUCAGUGUCUGGUGGGAUGCAGCCACCACCAUUACAACGAGCACCACCCCCAAUGAGAGGCAAAAAUCCAGGGCCUUCCCAAGGGAAAUCAAUGUGAUUUUGCACUAAAAGCCUAAAGGAUUGUUAAAAUCAGAGAAAGAACUUUUUAUUUUUUUAGGAAUCAAUGGCUUAACAGAACUCAACUGUAAAAAAAAAAAAACAGGAAAAAAAAACAAAAAAAAACAAAAAAAAAAAAAAAAAACCCCCAAUAGUUUGGUUGGUCCCCUUAGAUGCCAUGUUCCAUAUUAGUCUUUCAGCUUUGUUUGAAUAGGACAUAAUGUUUUCCCUGUUGUCAGUGAUGUUGCCUAGAAUCUUCUUACAUAUGUUGAGUACAGGAGAUAACAAGUUGUUUUCAGUGAAAACAAGUCCUCCCAGAACAGUAGCAUCUCCACAGGUUUCCUGUCUAAACUCCUGCACUUGCUUUUUAGUAGCCACGAAGCUGUCAGCAGAAUUGAGAGGCUUGGGAAGGGCUGCAGGGCUGCGUGUUUCACCAUAUGUGAGUUGUAAACAGCUGAGUUCUUGAAUAGAGUUGAUUCCUCAAAUUAUGGAAUACUUUUCUGCUUACCCAUUUCUUUCUAACAGUGGGAAUGUUCUAACAGGAGGAGUCCAGCUUCCUUUUGACUUCAGGUCUGGACUCACACGAUAUCAUCUAUGCUGAAUGAAGCAGGAACCGAAAAUACUCGUUUUGACAGAGAAUUGAGUGCAAUAUUCUUAAGUACUACUGCUCUGAAACUUUUUUUUGAGUCGUGCAGUUACAUAGGAACUGUGUACACAGCCUUAACUAGCGACUCAGGGAAGGGGAUUGCUCUUCCCUGGUCUUCUGCCAUUUUUUCUUUUCAGUUUUACGUGACGGAAUAGCAAGUGGUGAUGGAGGAGUCUGAGAUGUUUUUCCCUCACAGGCUGAUUUUUUCCUCUCCAGGGAGUCCAAUACAAAGCACAUUUCUGUUAACUCCUUAAUGCUGGUGCUACUGUCUUUCCCCAUUGCCGGCAAUGGGAGAUGGGCCAAGAAAAUGUAAAUUCCUGGUAUUUUGGGGGUUAAAGGAAAAAAAAAGAGGGGGAGUGGGGGGGGCACAGUGGUGGCCAGGGUCAAACCCUGCUAGAUAACCAACUUCCAAAUAGCAGAACCAUUGCUGACUUCAAAUUGAGACAGAGAAAGUGCUGUGGCAACUUCCAGAGCUGCCAGAAAGGUGAAGCAACUUUUCCUCUGUUAGGUAAGAGUUUUGGUUAUGCACUCCUCCCCAUUCCCUUUCCUUGGUGUGAAAACAUGACUUAGUACACAAAGGGCUUGGUUUUUUGUGUUUUGGGGUUUGUUUUUUGGUUCUAAUGUAGAUGGGGACUUGAAUUUCUGGAGUUUUAUUCUAUAUCAUUAGCACUCUCUUUAUCCACACUUUUUGUGCUUGUGAAGAUGGAAUUAAAUACAAAUAGUGCUUUUCUUUGAGUAGAGUUUGGUUGAUUCUGCCCCCCUGCCCCCAUAAAAAGAAUAGUUUAUCAUCUGGGGGUAAAAUAUAAGUGACAAACAUUGGAGGCAAUGGUGUAUUGACUAUAGAGAGCUCUGGAGACACAAGCAGGUGGAGGCAUUUGCUCCAGGUAUUGCUGGACUCUUCUGACUUGCUGACAUGAAUAGAAAUUGGUUUGGUUUCUGGAAAGUUUCUUGGAGGAAUUUGAAUUCUUGCCCUGAAUGGACAAGUGUUUUUUGGAGAGGUUUUUCUUGCAUCUAAAUAUGCAAAUCUAACGUGGUAUUUCAUUUUGUGAUUGAACCUUGGGUUUGUAACCUGAACAGCCUUUGUUUGAUCUGUUGCAAAACCAGCUACCAAGUUGCUGUCUUGGACUCUUUUCUUACAAAGUACCACACAAGACUCUCAGUAUGUUCUCGUGCUUUGCCAGCUCUACAAUUAAAUUUAAUUUGGGGGGGGAGGGAGGAGCUAGAAGAGACGUGUUAACACGAGAAGAAACAAAAAGUGAGACUUUGAGACAAAUAUUUGAAGGCAAACGUACGCUGGGCAACUCUUGUGUCCUGAUCUGAUGUGUCCUGAAUCUGAGAAAUGCUUUUUGCCAACCCUGGGAACGGUCAAUGGAGUUUUACAGCAACUCAAAAGACUUAAAUGUGGAAGUUUUAGGCAACAUUUAAAGGCACAUUUUUUUUCCAUUCUGGACAAAAGCUAUGGAUAACAGAAGACUUAACGCAUAAGAAGAAAUCUGAGAAUAAGCAUUUGAAAUAAAAGUUGGACCACUUUGCAUACACGUUUCUCACUCGACAUUUUAGCUGCAUAACAAUGUGCUUUGAGUAUAACAUCAGCUUUAAGAGAUACCUAAAGAUGGAACAUAACAUCAGUAAGAUAAUAAAAGGCUCAUUUUUAUAUUUGUUUUAGAUGUUUUAACUAGUUGAAAUGGCUUAAGAUGACGAAUAAAAAUGUUGCUUGUAAUACAGUUUUGCCUGCUAAAUUCUCCACAUUUUGUAACCUGUUUAUUCCUUUGGAUGUAAAGCGUUUUUGCUUAGUAUUGUGAUAUUGUAUAUGUUUUGUCCCAGUUGUAUAGUAAUGUUUCAGUCCAUCAACCAGCUUUGGCUGCGGAAAUCAUACAGCUGUGAAGACUUGCCUUUGUUUCUCUUAGAUGGCUUUUCAGUUCUGUAUUAAAUAUCUUAAGUACGCUAGGGAAAAAAAAAAAAAGUGUCACCUCUUCCUAUAAGGCUGUUUUUGUAAUAUAUAUAAGGACUGGAAAUGUGUUUUUAAAGAGAAGAAGCAUUCAAGUAUGACGAUAUACUAUCUGUGUUUUCACCAUUCAAAGUGCUGUUUAGUAGUUGAAACUUAAACUAUUUAAUAUCUCAUUUAAUAAAGUGACCAAAAUACA